UCUCCAUCUCUUCUCCUCCCUUUUCCUGUUACAGUUUCAUUGUUUGUGUGGCUGAGAGAAAGAGCCCUUAUUAUCAUUUCUUCCUCCCCUUUUUUUCUUUGCCUCUUCAUGUGUUGAGAGAAGAGAGAGCAAGUUGGUCUAGCUUGCUACUUCAUUUCUGGGUUUCUUUUCUCAGUUCUACAGCUUCCCUCUCUCACUCUCUCUUCUCUUUUAAAAAAAAGAAGUGUUUUUUUUUCUCUCUACCCUUUCUUGUUUGCGUUGACACCGAACCAAUUCCAAAACCCAAAAGAGUUCCAAACCUUGUCUGUUCUUGGUGGAGUCCAAACAAAGUAGGGGAAAAAAAAAAUCAGAGAGAGUGAGUGAGAGCAAAACACAGAUCCAAAUGGAAGUUCAUAUGACAAAGAAUAGUCCAUAGAAGCUUUCCACCCCGCUUCCUCCCCAACUUGUUUUCAAGCUAAAACCAAACAAAAAGCUUGAGGAGAAAACAAGGGAAACCAAAAUCAUCAUCAUCAUCAUCAUAUCAGCUUCCCACAUAUAUGUAUAUAUACUCACCCCUUUCUCCUCCUCCAGCCUUUAGAUCCUCGCACUUUGCAUAACCAAAAGCAAAGUUCAAAACUUUUCAUCUCUCUCCCUUCUCUUUUCUUUCACUGUACCAUGAUGAUGAUGAAAAGCUUCAUAUUCCAACAACAACAACAAGAUCAAGAGAACAUGUCCAACCUCACCACUUCAGCAUCCGGCGAAGCCAGUAUCUCCUCCUCCGGCGGCGGCAGAGAACUAAAUCAAAACAAUUACCACCCACCACCAGAAAUCCCACCAUCCAAUCAACCGCCUCCCAAGAAGAAGAGGAACAUGCCAGGCAACCCAGACCCAGAUUCCGAAGUGAUAUCUCUGUCCCCAACGACAUUAAUGGCCACGAACCGAUUCCUGUGCGAGAUCUGCAACAAAGGGUUUCAGAGGGACCAGAACUUGCAGCUCCACAGGCGAGGACACAACCUGCCUUGGAAGCUGAAGCAGAGGGCUAAAAACGAGGUUGUGAAGAAGAAAGUGUACGUGUGCCCCGAGCCGAGCUGCGUCCACCACGAACCCUCCAGGGCGCUGGGGGAUCUGACUGGGAUCAAGAAGCAUUUCAGCAGGAAGCACGGGGAGAAGAAGUGGAAGUGCGAGAAGUGCUCGAAGAAGUACGCGGUCCAGUCGGAUUGGAAGGCCCAUUCCAAGACCUGUGGCACCAGGGAGUACCGGUGCGACUGUGGCACCCUCUUCUCAAGGAGGGACAGUUUCAUAACCCACAGAGCAUUCUGUGAUGCAUUAGCAGAAGAAAGUGCAAGAGCCAUCCCUACUGCUGCUGCUGCUACAGCAACAACAACAACAAUCCCACAAUUCAACCACCAAGGCAACAACAACAACAAUUUCCUCCAUUACCCAUUUUCCUCUUCUUCUCCUUCCCCCUCCCUGAAAAAGGAGGAUAAUAACAUUACUACCAUGGACAGUAAUGGUAAUUUCGGUCUGCUCAACAACAGCAGAGAGUUGCCACCAUGGCUAGCCAGCUGCCCGCCUGCAGGCCUACGAGCUGCUGCUGCUGCUUCAUCAGUAAUGGGCUCGGGCCCGGGCCCGGGCCCACUCCUUCCUCAUCAUCUCUCGUCGUCGUCCUCCUCUUCAUCAUCAUCACCAUCCAUUUUGUCAGGAGCAAACCCUAGCCAGCUGGGCCCCACAUUACCGAACUUCCAUUCCUCCACCACGCAGCACAUGUCAGCCACCGCGCUGCUCCAGAAGGCCGCUCAGAUGGGCGCCACCACAGCUUCCACCACCGCCGCCUCCAAAACCGCCGGCCUCAUGCUCGUCACCCCGACGGCCCACCCUGACCAUCAUCACGUGACUACCAACAGCAACAGCAAUGCCGGUUUCGGUUUCGCGCCACGUGACAGCGUGGGGACCACCGCCGCAAUAGGUGGCGGUGGAGGUGGAGGUGGUUUGUUUCAGGAGAUGAUGAACUACUCAUUCGAGGCGGUGGAGGACGGCGGCGGCGGGACGACGAGGGAUUUCUUGGGGCUGAGGCCAUUGACGCACAGUGAUUUGCUCAGCCUCGCUGGUUUUGGAAACUGCAUCAACGAUGAUGAUAGUAAUAAUAAUAAUAAUGCUGACCACCAACAUAGUCACGAGUCUCAGAAACAACCUUGGCAAGGUAAUUGAUUAUUUAUAAUAAUAUAUAUUCCCCUUCUUUUUUCUUCUUUUUUUUACUGUUUUGAUCCAUUUUGUCUUGGUUCUUCCCCUUCUCGAAAAUCUCUAUAUAUCAUACGAUUAAUUCGUUGUAAUCCUUUUUUUUUUUUUUUUGUCAAUCUGUUUCCUCUCAUUCCAUCUGUUUUUUUUUAUGUAUAUGAUGAUGAUGAGAUGCCCUAAGGGUUUCUCUGAGGCCAUUAUUGGCAUCAUGAUUUAUCAUGAAGCUAUGUUGCCACGAUGAGCGCGUCAUAGAUUUCUAUUGUACCGUAGUAGCAGUAUUGGUUACGCUUUUAUGACGUAUCGUUGUCGAUAUGGACCGUCAUGGUAUGACAUGGUACAAUGUGGGUUUAGUACAUCAACUACUCGGUUAUGUGGUGUAACGCGGUG